GUGAACAUGUGUGGGUAUAUUUCAUAAGGCUGAUCUAAAUAAAAUAUAAAUUAAUUGUAUUGAUCUUAAAUUGAAAAACAUUUCCGGUUAAACAAUAAAACAUUUUCAAUCAAAGUAAUAUGAACAACAAAAUGAACUAUCCGUCACCUGAUAUGACUCCUGAACAACUCCAAAAACUUUUACCGUAUAAAAAGUCUGAAGAUUCGAUACAUUUUAGCCUGCCGGAUAAUUUUGUUCCCGGAUCCAUUGCUUUCGCCAACUUUCCUGUCCGACCCAACAUACGUAAACAAACUGCAAAUAAACCAAAUAAAAGAGCACAUCACUCCACCUGGACUCAAAGUGAAGCAAAAAGGAUCUAUGUAAAAAAGACGAUGAAUUUAUAUCAUUGGACACAGCCUGGACUGCCCACAGACUUUGUUCGAAAAAUUAUUUCAGAUAGUUGGGAUAAUAUGACCGUAGAAGAAAAACAAGUGUACGAAAAACAGGCAAACGGAGAGUACGGGCCCUUGAUGGUUCACCCUCACUUGUCACUUAUGUAUCAAUGUGGACAGCUAGGAACGUUUUCCAAGCAAUCGGAAUAAUCAUGAAGGAG